ACCACUUAAAUAGUCAGUAUUGCCAAGAGAGUCUUUUUGUGUGUUUCAUUCCACUUAAUGACCACGGCUCUCAGUCAUGAGAAAUACGACUGUAAGAAGUAUGGACUAAAUAUUUAGAAUAAAUCCUUCGCAUAGUCUCCUAGACUUUUAAGAAAAGGCGAGUUUCUUCACCUUUGUUAUUUUUCUCUUCGAGGCAUUGUUUUUUUCCAUGUUUUUUACUUCUAAUGAAAUCUCCUGUCAUAGUAAUGUCAAGACAAAUAGUGUAUUUUUCAUUCGGUAAAAUGUUGUAAUUUGGUAAAUUAAUGUGUCCGUAGAAAUUAUUGUUUUUUUGAAUUCAUAUGAAAUUAAUAAGUGGCGUAAUCUCGGUUAUUACUCGAAGAUGGCCGAGAUUACUAACACGAUGGUAAGUUUGAACUAUAGUUACCUGUGUAUAUAUUUUUUCAAAUCAGUUUGUUCAGUAUAUUUGAGAAAGUAUACUUUUAAGUUACAAGAUUUUUUAAAUACUGGCCAGAUUUCCGUAGCAAUAUCCGUUUAUUUAAGCCUUAGUUUAUGUGCCGCCUACCUGUUCAUAAACCUGACUUAUAAAUAUAACAAUAAUUCUUUCAACAUCAACCUUCUAAAUUACUUGAUAAUUGUGAUUGUUAGUUACACGACCGAGAAAGCUCCAGCAGUGUACGACUGCUCGGUGGACUUGGAAGACCGUGGGUUGUGCGCGGUGGCGCCCAUGGACCCGGAGAAAUGUUUCCCCGAGCCCCGCGUGGUCAUAGUCGGGGCGGGCAUGGCGGGGCUCUCCGCGGCCGCCAGGCUGUCUCAACGCGGCAUUAACAAUAUCACGGUGCUCGAGGCUUACGAAAGACCUGGGGGAAGGAUUCAUUCAUGCUGGCUCGGCGACAUUGUAGCAGAGCUCGGUUCGACCUGGAAACCGGAUAAUUGUUUCACUCAUCCUGUGUAUACGCUGUCGGCCACCGAGGACCCACCUCGCCCCGGAGUGCCCGGCGCGGAACACGCGCGAGGGCUCUUCAACAGGAUUGUCACGGGAAAUAUGCCUUUUCCACCUACCGUCACGGCGUACCAUAAAUUUCGUCAAAUCGAAGAGGAAGCUGCACAAAUAUAUUGCCUUGGUGGGAACAAGCAACAGGGAUCAUUGAUUAAUUUCAUGAGUCUCAGAAUUCAACAAGAAUUACACGAAUAUCCAACGGAGCAGCAACACGAUGCCGCCAGGAUUAUGUUCGGGCUCGCGCACAUGCUCAGUGCUCGCUGUGGAGACGACACUGCCAUGCUGUGUGCUGAUCAUUGCGGCUGUUUCAUGAACAUGCCCGGGGGCGAGGUGCGCGUCCCGCUCGGAUUAGUCGGCAUACUUGCUCCAUUAUUGCGCCAAAUUCCUGAAGGUUCCAUACGAUACUGCAAGCCUGUAGACUGUAUUUAUUGGGGAACCAGUCAGAAGUCAGGUUACAGAGCUACAGUCAAAGCAAAUGAUGGAGAAGAAUUUCCUGCAGACUACGUUAUCAUAACAGUUUCUCUUGGCGUCCUACGAGCUAACUCAGUCAAGUUAUUCUGCCCGGCUCUGCCAGCUUCGAAAAUAGACGCAAUGCGAUGUCUUGGAUAUGGAUAUUGCAAUAAAAUAUAUCUAGAAUAUUGCAGGCCCUUUUGGUUUUGGCAUAAAGGGAAUUUGGAUUUUAAAUAUUGUGUAAAUAGUUUAGGUCGUUGCGACUGGACGAGUGGAAUCACAGCUAUACAACCUGUUCCCAAUAGCAAACAUGUCAUGUGUGCUUGGGUCGUCGGUCAGGAAGCCUUGGCGAUGGAGGGUCUUUGUGACAGGGACAUAGCUGAAGGUAUAACUUCCUUGCUUCGGUAUUCCACAGGGAAUGCGUGUAUACCGUAUCCUUGUACAAUAUUGCGAUCACAUUGGACAUCUGAUCCAUUUUUCUGUGGUGCUUACUCCUACGACUGUAAUUGUUCUGAUGGCACUGCACAACGUGCCUUGGCCUGUCCUUUGCCAGGUCCGGGCGAACCGGUACCACCCAUCUUGUUGUUUGCUGGAGAAGCUACGGUUCCGGGACAUUUUGCGACCGUGUCGGGGGCUCGACUUAGUGGUGUACGUGAAGCAGAGCGUAUUCUCCAGUUGACAUUGAGAUUUAAAGGUCCGCCACUACCUGAAGGCAAGAAGAAAAAGAAAAAAAAGAAAAAGAAGAAGAAAGAAGAUGAAUAGUUUUAUUAAAUAACAUUAAUAAUUCUUAUCUUUUACAUGAAAAAAAUUACAUUUAUAUUUUCAUAUAUAAUAACAAGCAGAUAAAUUUCUCAUUCGUUGCUAUACAGAACUCAUAAGUGUUCCGUUACUAUAUUGUACGUAUCUUAUCUGGAGCAAGUCCAGGUCUUGCCGUAAGUUUUGAAACUUGGGUAAUAAGUACGUGAAAUUUGUCGAUGGUUUUCUGUUUAGAUUAUACACACCUAAGUAAAUACACAAGUUUACAUGUACAAUAAUGCGGUGUUCAUCUAGUUCUACCAACAACUUGAUGUACCUAAUAAAUUCAUAGCUUUUA